AUGAGCGUCGACAAUGACGGGGCACCUGCGGGCGGCGGCCCCGCCGCAGCCGACACCACAGCCGACACAGCAGCAACCCGCGGCAGCGGCCCGCUGCUGGCGCGCGUGCUGGCGCUGGCGUCGCGUGGCCUGCAGCAGGGGGAGUGGCGCGAGUGCUGCGAGCGCGCGGCGGCGGCGGCGCGGCUCGACCCAAGCAGCAAGGAGGCGCGGCAGCUGUGGCUGCUCGGCGCCAUCCUGCAGCGCGCCCAAGGCGGCGGCGACGGCUUCGGCGCAGACCCCUGGGAGCUCUUGUCCUUGGCGGACGCACCCCUCGGCGGCUCAGAGGGUCCCCAGCAGCAGCAGCAGCAGCAGCAGCAGCAGGAGCAGCAGCAGCAGGUCCAAGGCGGCCCGCGCGGCGCGGGCGCGGCGCGCCGUCUGUACCGGCGGCUGGCGGCCCUGGUGCACCCUGACAAGUGCGCAGACCCCUCGUGGGCGCCCGCCGCGCACGCCGCGUUCAAGGCCGCCGCGGCCGCGCGCGACGCGGCGCUGCGGCUCGCCGGCGCCGGCGCCGGCGGCGGGCAGGGGUCGGACGGGGAUUGGGGCGGCGACGAGGAGGGGGACGGGGGCGAUGCGGCGUGCUGCGACAAGGCCCCCUCAUCACCCGGCGCGCGCCACCUCAGCAGCUGCAAGCCCCGACAGGUCUCGGCCGCGCCCAGCCGCUCAGCCGCGCCAGGCGGCGCGGGGCGCCGGAGACGCCUGGAGGUUCAACCCGCCGCAUGA